GGAAGUGAAGAAAGUCCAGAAACUCUAAUAUUGAUACAUCAUCUUCAACAGGAAACUGUGCAACUGAUUCCACAAUAUCAGAUCCAGUAAGAGAUCCAGAGAUCAGAUCUGCUGAGAUGAACAAGGAGGAACGGUGGAUCGUGCUGCUGGGAAGGACUGGUGUUGGGAAGAGUGCAACAGGAAACACCAUUCUGGGAAAAAAUGCUUUCAGAUCAGAGAGAUCUUUAAGCUCAGUAACAAAACAAAGUGAAUGUGUAGAAGCUGUGAUAGGAGGAAAACAUGUACGUGUGGUUGAUACACCAGGAUUAUUUAACACAACACUGCCACAAGAUCAGUUAGGGAUGGAGUUGUGCAGGAGUGUUUAUCUCUCACAAUCAGGAGUUCAUGCUUUCAUUCUGGUUUUCAGGUUUGAUACAUUCACAGAACAGGAAGAGGAAAUAAUUAAAAGGUUACAGAAGGUUUUUGGUCAGAAGGUUUUAGAUCACACAAUUCUUCUGUUUACUCAUGGUGAGGGUGGAAGCGAGAAAAUAAUAGAUCAGGAAAUAAGCAGAAAUGAACAUCUCAGAAGAGCUUUAGAUCAGUGUGGAAGAAGAUUUCACAUAAUUAACAACUCAGCUCUAAAGAACAAACAGCAGGUCCCUGAACUUCUGCAGAAGAUAGACAGGAUGGUGGUGCAGAAUGGAGGAGGAUGCUACACUAAUGAGAUGUAUAGGGUAGCACAGGGCUUAACCUGGGAGAAAUUCUGGGAAACAGUUAAGGUUGUUUCUUUUUAGGAUUAUUGAUAUUUUUUACUUAGGAGUUGAGCCAGCUAAUUGAACUGGCUUUGAGAUCAUUGUCAAGGUAUUUGCAUGGACAGGAUAGGGAGCAUUUGUUGUAGGAACUAGUUGCUGGUGAUUGAGGAAUCAGAGGUUCUGUUCAGAAGGCAGAACCCUGCAGAACCCUUCUGAAGUAAAGAGUAACUUCAAUUAAUGAGAGUUUAAAAUCACAAGGAGACACAGAGAGAUGGUUUAAUUAUUAAAUCAUUUCUAUACUGCUAUAAUAGUUUCUAUAUUAGAAUAGAGUAGAAUCUUUAUUGUGACUAUACACAAUCUUACCUUUAAGAGGUAUGAGCAUGUGCAGAGAGAGUGUUCAGACAGCGAUAGAUAAGAGCAUGGUGUUUAGCUCAGAUUGUAGCCUGACUGUUCUAUUCUACUGCUGUUAUCCUGGAUUGUGAUAAAUGGAAGUGUGGGUAAUAAAUACUCCCAUUACCCUGCACUGGUGGACUCCUGUGUGUAUGUGUUUCCUUGAGAAGACAGGGCUAGUAACUAAGCGCCAUUGUUCUCUCUCCAAGGGGCCUUCCCACUCUAACCAGUCGUUACAACAAGUACAAUGAUAUUUUGUAUGGCAUCUCUCCAGUAGAGUAGCAGCAAUAGAGAAAAAUAGUAAAAAUCACAAACAAAUUAUUUACAGUCUUAAA